AUGCUGAAUCCAGGGCGUGAAUUGGACGAUCGUAUCACGGAACUCGCUGCUCAAGCUCCACCGUUCUGGAAGAAUUCGAAUCUGUUCAAGCUUUAUCUCUUGAUGAUCCCAGGAUGUUUGUUUCCGGCUAUCACACUGGACUUUGAUAAACCCCGUGGGGCUCUUCUCGGUAUCAUGUCCGCUAUUCUCCCUCUCGGUUGCUGUAUCGCAUCACCAUUCGUGCCUCUAGUUGGUGACCGUUGGGGCCGAAGAGCUGGCAUUUUCUUUGGUGCCGCCGUCAUGCUGUGUGGAGGUAUAAUUCAGGGAACAUCCGUGAACUUUGCCAUGUUCCUCGUCUCUCGUUUCAUCAUCGGCUGUGGAUUGGUCUUCGCCAACGCUUACGCACCAAUGUUGAUUGGAGAGCUCGCGCAUGCAAAACAGCGUCAGGUUAUCACCUCUCUCUAUCAAACAUCCUGGUACAUUGGUGCCAUCCUCGCCGCUUGGACCACCUUCGGAACAUUUAGUAUGCAUAGUGAUGCGUCGUGGAGGAUACCUUCCUACCUACAGGCAGCACCAGCUAUUAUACCUAUGGGCUUCAUCUUCUUCCUCCCCGAAUCCCCACGUUGGUUGAUUGCGAACGGACGAGCAGACGAGGCGAAGGCGAUGCUUGUAAAAUGGCACGGCAAUGGCGAUGAGAAUGAUGAGUAUGUCAAACUUGAAUUUCAGCAAAUGCGAAACGUUAUCGAGGCUGAAGUAAAUUCAUCCGCCGGAUGGAAGACUUUGUUCGCUACCCCAGGUAACAGGAGACGAGUUUUGAUCUUGGUGUGCCUGGGAUGCUUCAGUCAAUGGUCUGGCAAUGGCCUUGUUUCCUACUACCUUGUCCGCGUCCUGGAGACUGUUGGUGUGACGAAUGCUCGUGAUAGAAAUAUCUUGAACGGAUGCCUAAUGAUUUUCAACUGGAUCACCUCCGUCGUCUCUGCCUUCCUUACAGCCCGUUUGAAGCGCCGAACACAAUUCCUUGUCUCUGUGUUUGGUAUGCUUGCUGUCUUUGCCACACAAACGCUGUGUGCCGGACUCUUCAACGUGAACAAGGACCACCAGGCAGGACAGGCCGUCAUCGCUAUGCUUUUCCUGUUCUACAUAUUCUACAAUCUGGCCUUCAACGCUCUACUCUACUCCUAUCCUGUGGAGAUCCUGCCGUAUCCGAUUCGAGCCAAGGGAUUCUCACUGCUGAUGUUCUUCGGUAAAGCUAGUAACUUUAUCAACAUCAUGGUCAAUCCCAUUGGUCUCAAGGCUCUUGAAUGGAAAUUCUACUUCGUCUACGUGGCAUGGCUGAGCAUCGAAUGCCUGAUAAUCUACUUCUUCUUUGUGGAGACCAAGGGGCCAAGUCUGGAGGCUAUUGCGGCGGUCUUUGACGGAGAGACGAAUGGGACUCCUGAUAGUGCCGACGAAAUCGAACGUGGUGAUGAUCUUAACGAGAAGAAACAAUGGAAUGCCGUUCACAAAGAAUAA